UAUUUCACUUUCCACCGCCUCGUUACACUAUUUUGUUCGUCUGUCAACAAUGUGAGAUCAUCAACGUCGAAUUGCGUCUGCUCUUUUUCCGUUCCGAGGCCUUAUUCGUAUGAUAGCGAAACUGACCAGCGAAACCCCGAGACGGCGAGUAGGUGUGGUCGUUUCUACAGCCUCAUCCGGCACAGAAACCCCGCACAACGGAGCAGCAGUACUUUCGGUAGCCAUCGAAGCAAAUUAUUUGUUGGCAGGAGGUUCAGCCGGUGUGAGUGUCGUUCGGGAUCUACCAGCUGAGUCAAUAUGGGCAAAUGUGGACUGUGUUUGAAGGAAGCGGAAACCCAUAUAACGGGGAAACUCUUCGCCAACGGCAGCAUCGCCGUGCAUCAGAACUGCUUACUUUUCUCUUCAAAUCUUGUCAAUCAAAACUCUCAAGAUUUUGAUGAUUUUGGUGGAUUUCUUCUCGAAGAUAUAAAACGGGAAAUUAGAAGAGGAAGCAAGUUGAAUUGCUCGUUUUGUAGAAAGAAAGGUGCAACUGUUGGGUGCGAAGUGAAAACCUGCAAAAAGUCCUUUCACUAUCCAUGUGCCAAUGAUGCCGAAGCAAAAAUAAUUGAAAAUAACGUCAAGGGCAUUUAUAGAGUUUAUUGCAAAUUCCAUAAAAGAGAUGGAAACCCAACUCCAAGUAAAACAGCCUCCAAAGGCAAUAUUGCUGGCAGUCAUACUGAUAAUGGCAUCAUGAAAAAAACUAAGGAUAAUGCUCCUCGUGAAGUCUUCCAUCCCACAAACGUUCAACCUAAGACGUCAGGCAAUAUUAUGAAGAGCAGUGCCACCACAAGAAAGAGGAUAAUCAGUUCUGACACAGAUGAAAGCGAUGACUUGCCAAUAUUUACUGGCACCCAUGUACAAGUCAGUGUCAAAUCGAAAAAUGGAUCGAAACAAACAAAGCUUGAAAAUGAUGGUGGAAAACAAGUUGAGACACCAUGUAACUUCAGCAGUGCUCGCGCAGUAAGGAUGAAAAAGUCUUUAGAUGAUUGGUCAUUAUCCAUGCUCGGUGGAGAUAGUCCGGGAGGCACUCAAGAAGCCCAAUUGAGAGAGGUGCAUCAGAGUAUCACUGAGGAGGGAUCUCAUUCUGUGUCGGAAGGUUGCCUUCAGGCAACUGUUUCUACUGGAAAUCCAACUCUUUGUACCCGUCCCAUGUUAGGGGAAAAUGAGCCAAACAAUGGAAACGGCAGUGAUGCAAGCACAAAUAUAGAUCAGCGCGAAGUCCACGAGGAGAUUGAUGAUGUGCAACAGGACGUUCAUAUGGAGAUCAUAGAAAUGACUUCAACUCCAAUCACAGAACCUUCUGCAGGACAAGCAGAGAACUUCUGGAAGAUGUGCAAGGAAGCUAAGUGUUUGGAGAAUAUUUUCUUGAUGAUCCAGGAAAAUCUGAGUUCUAUUCAGCAAAAAAUAGCGAAUGGAAUUGCCACCAGUAAAGACAACGAGGUUGCAUGGACAAUUCUUUUGGCUGCGAAUUCACUACAAGACAUCAUGUCGGAAUUUCAGUCACAAAUACAAAAAAACAUGCAGCAUCUUGAAGAAGAAAAAAUAUCCUUGCAGAGACAAGAUAAUCUUGUUAAGGAGUUCGCAAAGUUAGCCCGUUGACUAAAGAAGAAUGCCGAGAGAAAGAAAUGACUACUCCAAGUGCUAAACUACCCUCUACAUAUAGGAAACAAUAUUUGUUUUGAUAAUGAGUACGCUGACAAUAACCAGAAUGGAAGCAAACUCUGACUGCAGCUAUUCUGGGGUUUGAAGUGCAACCUAU